AUGGUUAACAAAGUCAAAACACCAGCUCUGACUAAGAUAAUAACAAUUCAAGACAAAACCUUAGCAAUCAAAACAUAUCUAAGAUUAGGAAAGCACGAAAUAACACGGAGUUGGUGUCAACUUAAAAACCUUGAGAAGUUGGAUCUGAGUAAAAAUAAGUACAAAGGAUUACUUCCUUCAUGUCUAGGAAACAUGACAUCCCUUCGAUUUAUUGAUCUUUCUUACAAUAGAUUUGUUGGAAAUAUUGCAUUUUCUCCACUUCCCAAACUCAAAUCGCUUGAAUAUCUCUUGGAUGUUUUAAUGGCUAUUAGUGGACCUCUCAAGUUGCCAUCAAGUGCCAAACUGGAUAUGGGACUGUUAGAUAUUUCUAAUAACGAUAUGAGGGGAGAGGUUCCAACUAAUAUAAGUGCAGUCUUUCCAAAUUUGAUUGUUUUAAACAUGUCUAGAAAUGUGUUUGAUGGUUGUGUACCUUCUAGUUUUGACGACUUGAAAUCUUUAGAAUUUCUAGACCUAUCCAACAAUAACUUGUCGGGCCAAGUACCAGAGGAAUUAGGUGCAGGCAGCUCCUCAUUACUUCCCAUUUCAAUGGGUAAAAUGACUACAGUGAGGCAAGUUGCUAUGUCUAAAAACCAUCUUGGGGGGUCCAAUACCACUGGAAUUUUGCAACCUUGA